AUGUAUGUGAAAUGGUUUGGUACAGUAAUGUUUUACUAUGUGAAUUUAGUGAUUUUAGUGAAUGUCACUUUUUGUCAUUUUCAAAUUUCCCGCCGUUCCGUCCCCCGUACGUCCCGACGUCGCAGGGGAUGGAAACCCAGAUGACAGAUGCCUUCAUCCGCCGGAUUACAUUGACGGGGACACUGCAGGAGGGACAUCGCGGGAGCGCAGGACAAGGUAAGUGAUCGAGGGAUCGCGGAGCAGUGCCGCAUGGUAAGCCCGAGUGUAGCUCGGGGUUACCGCUCUUGCUACACUUCGGGAAUACCGCCAAAGAGGUUAAUCUA